UUAUGGUUACUCAAAACAGCUUCCUGGAGGUUGACGUGGAUGUUGAUGAUGGCAGAAACUAAAGUAGAGCUGUCAGUUGAUUCAUUAAACCAUCAUACCUCUAACAGCAGCGGGAAUGCAUCAUCACAGCCCAACAACCCUCUAUCCAGAAAACUUAACAAGAUCCUGGAGACCAGGCUGGAUAAUGACAAGGAGAUGCUGGAAGCAUUGAAAUCUCUGUCUGUGUUUUUCACUGAAAACAGUCUGAGAACCAGGAGGAACCUCAGAGGAGACAUAGAGAGACGCAGCCUGUCCAUCAAUGAAGAGUUUGUACGAAUAUUUAAAGAAGUGAAGGAGUUAUUGCAAGGCGUUAAUGAAGAUGUUCAGGCCAUGAGCUCCUGCUGUGAAGAAAUGACCAACAGAUUAAAGGCAGCCAAAGAACAAACCCAGGAUUUGAUUGUGAAAACCAACAAACUUCAGGGAGAGAAUCAACGCUUGGAGGUUCGGGCUCAGGUGGCCCAGGCAUUCUUGUCAAAGUUCCAGCUGUCUACCACUGAAAUGACAACAUUACGUUCUGCACGAGAUGGUCCCAUCACUGAGGACUUCUACAGAGCACUGAACCGUGUGAAGAACAUCCAUGAGGAUGUGAAGGUCCUACUGAGAACUAACCAGCAAACAGCAGGGCUGGAGAUCAUGGAGCAGAUGGCUGUGUUACAGGAGACCGCAUAUGAGCAGCUCUAUCGCUGGGCUCAGAAUGAGUGCAGAGGGUUGACUCAGGAAACAUGUGAUAUUCCUCCCGUCUUGAGUCAAGCUAUGGAAUCUCUCCAGGAUCGUCCUGUUCUUUAUAAGUAUACACUGGAUGAGUUUGGAACGGCUCGGCGGUCUGCUGUGGUCCGAGGCUUUAUUGACGCCCUGACCCGUGGAGGACCGGGUGGCACCCCAAGACCCAUAGAGAUGCACUCUCAUGAUCCAAUGAGAUAUGUUGGUGACAUGUUGGCCUGGCUCCACCAAGCCACAGCCUCAGAGAAGGAGCACCUGGAAGCCUUGCUCAAGCAAGUUACCGUGCAAGGAGUUCAAGAAUACAUGCAGGAAGUAGUUGGCCACAUCACUGAAGGAGUGUGCAGACCACUUAAGGUGCGAAUUGAGCAGGUGAUAAUUGCAGAGCCAGGUGCUGUUCUCCUGUAUAAACUUUCCAAUCUGCUCAAGUUCUACCAUCACACCAUCAGUGGCAUCAUGGGUACCAGUGUUUCCUCCCUGUUGAUGACCAUUGAUGAAAUGCACAUGUUAAGUAAGAAAAUGUUCUUCAACAGCCUUAGUCUCCACGCCAGUCGCCUCAUGGAUAAAGUAGAGCUUCCUCCUCCUGAUCUGGGUCCCACUGCCUCCCUUACUCAGACUCUGUCUCUCCUUAGGGAGGUAUUGGUCCAUGAUUCAUCAGUUCUUCCUCUGGAUGCCCGUCAAGCUGACUUUGCACAGGUAUUGUCCUGCAUUCUUGACCCAUUGCUGCAGCUGUGCACAGUAUCAGCUAGUAACCUGGGCACAGCAGAUAUGGCCACCUACAUGGUGAACUCCUUAUACAUGAUGAAGACCACAUUAGCACUCUUUGAAUUCACAGACAAACGCUUGGAAAUGCUGGAGUUUCAGAUUGAGGCUCACUUGGACACUCUAAUCAAUGAGCAGGCGUCUUUCGUGCUGAACAGAGCUGGGCUUAGUCACAUCUACAGCUGCGUCCAACAGCACACCGCAGAACAGGGUGCCUUGGCCAACCUCCCUGGAAUGGACAGCACAUCUUUAAAAACAGCCAUGGUCCAGUUUGACCGUUAUUUGGCCUCUCCUGAUACAUUUGUGAUGCCGCAACUCAACUUCCUGCUAAGCGCUGCUAUAAAGGAGCAGAUUUUCAAACAGUCCACAGAGCUGGUGUGUCGUGCAUAUGGAGAGGUGUACAAAGGUGUCACCCACCCUAUAAAUGCAUAUAAAGAUGCAGAGUCUGUCUUGCACAGAACCCCACUGCAGGUACAAACCUUGCUGUCCUGAACCGUACAAACACACCUUUGUUCUGGGACUGACACUGUUCAAAUACUCGUCUGGUGAUGGGGAGGGGUUUAUCAUUGUUAAUAGUUAAUUAUUUGAGACAAAGACACUCAAUUAUAAGUGUAUACGCAAAAAAUAUAGUCUUGAUUUCUCAAAUGUUGUUAUGCGGACACUGCUAGAAGUGAGGAGAGAAAAAAAACCUGACUCUGCUCACACUGAGUAAAUAUAAAAAUAUUUAUUUUUCCUUCCUAUGUGAAUUGAGAUCUCCACUAGAAGGCCCAAGGGAGCAAACUGUAGUCCAUUUCAUUGGCACAUGCAGAUUCACAUGCACCGAAAUAUACAUAGUCAUUCUAUUUCAUACACAGGUUUUUUCGUUCACCGGCUUAAUGACUCAGCAUCACUCUGUAAUCAAAAACAGCUCUGUCUUUUUUUUGUACUUUUUUUUUUUUAACUGUAUUAAAAUACACACUGAAAAGUUCACAAA